AUGCCAGUCAGACCUGUUGGGUGGAUAUGUGGACAGGUGUUGAAGAACUUCUCUGGAAGAAUCGAGGGGAUCCAGAAAGCAAUCAUGGGCCUUAUAGAUGAGUUUAAAGAUGAAUUCCCUACCCUCCUAAGAUUAUCACAGUCUAAUCAGAAAAGAGAACCUGUGCAAAAAACAUCCAAAAUCAGUAUGGCUGUUGCUUUAGCCAAGAUCAACCAAGGAACAUUAAUUCAAGGAUUAAACAGCAUAUCCAGAUCCUCCAAAUCAGUUGCCAAAUUUCUGCAGCCUCAGCUUGCUUGCAGACUUUUAGAGUUAAGGGACAUAUCUCAUCGUCUGCUCAAGGAAGUUAAUGCACCAAAGCAACCCCUAUAUAACAUGCAGGUCAGAAAGGGAUCUUUGUUUGAAAUCAUUUCUUUCCCAGGAAAGACUGCUUUAACUAGCAUGUAUGCUUCAUAUGCAGCACUCAUUUAUUUGACAGUCUGUGUUAAUGCUGUGCUGGAGAAGGUAAUGAAAAUUUUCCAAGAAGAAGAAUCCAUAAGGCAAAACAGAGAGGAGAGUGAAAAUCUUAGAAAAGCCUUUUCUGAGCCUGUGCUUUCUGAGCCUCUGUUUCCUGAAGGUGAAAUCAAGGCAAAACUUUACAGGUCAUUACCGGAGAAGCUGGAGAAUAUUUCAGAUCACCCCAAACUUCCGGCUAAUAAGUUGAGUAAUAAGGUCCAGGUUUUACAUUCUGUGUUUGACCAAUCAACUGAAAUGAAUGAAUGAGCAAAUCUGAACUUAAAUAUCACUAAACAGAGCUUAAGAGUUAUCUAAUGACAUUUCAUCUAACAAAAUUAGGAAACCAGUUUUCAUAUUCUGACUGCUCUGCUUUGAAAAAAAAAACGGUCAGGGGGACUACUGCUAAAAUGUCAUUCUCAAGUAUUUAUAUGGUAGAUAAAAUAAAAUGAAUCGAUGU